AUGUUAUUUCCUAUCCCCUGGCGGCAGAGCCCGUCAAGAUGGCAAUACACAUGCGCGGCAUGCUUCAAGAGACUGGAAAAGCGGUCGAGACGGCAUCUAUCAACAGCUAACGGCGCUUCGACACCUGCAAAACUACACCCUCCCCGGAAAUCCACUCCGAAGCUCCCUCUCCCAGAAAAACCCGCAAGAACGCGUUUCGCGCCGUCGCCGACUGGGUAUCUCCACCUCGGAUCAUUACGCACAGCACUGUUCAACUACCUUCUCGCCAAAGCCACCGGUGGGCAGUUUCUCCUCCGCAUAGAGGACACAGAUAGGAAAAGGACAAUACCGGAUGCCGAGAAACGUCUGUACGAGGACCUAAGAUGGGCUGGCUUGCAAUGGGAUGAAGGGCCUGAAGUAGGGGGUCCGUACGGUCCCUACAGACAGUCCGAACGCACGCCCCUCUACCAGACCCACGCACACAAACUCCUCGACAGCGGCCAUGCCUACCGCUGCUUCUGCUCAGCAGAACGUCUACACCAGCUCGCCGAGCAGCGCGCCGCCCUGGGUGUCGCAACAGACUACGACCGCACCUGCGCCAGUAUACCUAAAGAGGAGUCAGACGAGCGUGCAGCCAAGGGCGAACAGCAUGUGAUACGCCUCCUUGUGCCAGAAGACUAUCCAGAGUUCCAGGACCUCGUCUAUGGUCACGUUGGAAGAGGGAAGAAGAAGCGUCGGCAAGAUAUCGUGGCGUACGACGAUCCCAUAUUGCUGAAGACGGACGGCUUGCCAACUUAUCAUCUGGCGAAUGUGGUAGACGACCACCACAUGAAGAUCACGCAUGUGAUCAGAGGGGACGAGUGGUUACCAGCGACGCCAAAACAUCUAGCCAUGUACGAAGCCUUUGGCUGGGAACCGCCGCAAUUCGCGCAUGUUGCUCUGCUGGUUGAUGAAAAAGGGGCGAAGCUCAGUAAGAGGAACUUCGAUGUGGACAUCGCAAGCUACAGGGACAAGAUCGGAGUCUUUCCGGAGACGCUGGUGAAUUUCGUAGCGCUUCUGGGCUGGAGUCACAACCAUGGGAACGACUGCAUGGACAUGGAACAGCUGGUAGAGCGGUUCCACACCAAAUUCACAAAGGGGAAUGCCAAAGUCAAGCUGGACAAGCUGUGGUUCCUGCAGCACAAGCACGCAAUGCGACGCAUAGAAUCCGGGGAGAUCGACGAUAUGGUCAAGAGUAUUGUCAAGCUGGUUAAGAGCACGCCUGAAACACAAGACUACGAGAUUAUGCUCCGCGGUCGGACACUUGAGGACUACGUCACCGCUAUCCUCCGAGCUGACGCAAAGAACUACUCCACGGCCGCCGACUUCGUCAAGCGUAACUCGUACCUCUUCGGCUCGGGCAACCCUGCGCCAAGACCGGUUUCAUUUCAAGGCCUCAGUACUACAGAUCUUGCAAUGGUUAUCCGCGGCCUGUAUGAGAUACCCGCGGAUCAGUGGAACGCGACGAGUCUAAAGGCCAGAGUUGAGAAGAUUAUCGCCGAUGUGAUCGCGGCGAUCGCGGAAAGGGAGGCUGCCAAGGAGGCAGAUAUCAAGAAUAUGCAGAAGGUUGUCAACGGCAAAGUUCUGCACUUCCUCAGGUCUAUGAUGGCACAUGGCCAGCAUGGGCCGAGCAUGUUCGAGGUGAUGGAACUUCUGGGUCGUGAGGAGACUUUGCGGAAGUUGGGCCCUUAG